AUGGUCAGGAAAGAUAUAGCGCAAUUGGCCAACUGGCAGGGGCCGGCGUCCAUGGAAGCUGUUUCUCUUGCACGAUCCAUUGAGGCUACGAUGGAUCUUCUGUUCCGCGACUCAGAGCAGGUUGACUACACCUGGUCUCUCGCGAGCCAGAGAGGAGAACCCGGGGAAAAUCUCGAAGAACAGCUCAUCUAUUUUCGUUUGAACCGAAUAGAAGGGAAGUGGAAUGCUCAUGCAGAUGAGCUUGAAGCAGCCUUGUCUAUGUGGCUUUACUCCAUUGAUGACAUUGAGAAGAACGAAGAGACAAACCACCAGGACACAGUGGGAGACAACAAAGACGACAAGUGGCUGCGCGUCAAAGGAUCGCCUUCGAGACCUGGUUUGCGCCUUCUAGGCUCAUAUACGGAGAGUUUGCAUCGAGAUCUCUCGUGGUGGAUGCCCAGCGAGACAACCAGAAUUAUAAGGUUGUCCAGGUUGACAAAUCUCCCAGAAGAUGGUGUUACAAAUGAUGAAUUGUGCAAGGAAAACCACAGAGUCGUUGGAUCUGGUGGGUCUGAGAUAGGCCGUCGGCGAUAUGGAACAGCAGAACUGUCCGAGUUCACGAUCGAAAUAAAGCACCCUGAAGAAUAUGAGCGUAAAAGCUACGAAAGCGGAAGCGGAAGCAAAAGCGAGGAGGGAGUACCGGAGACUCCCCCAACGACAGAGGGUGAUGGCUCCAACCAUGACUUCUUGGCCGCUGAGUUCCUCGGUCCCUUGAAGUUACUGUAUGCACAGGACAUGUUCUCGAGCUUUUUCAGGACUGCAGCAAUGUCACUUAAAAAGCCGCUUGAAGGUCCUGUGGAUACACGAAAAAAACAUGAAGCGACGGCCCAUACAAGCUGGAAGUCUUUCGUCCUCCACAAUAGCCAGCUCUCGCAGCUGGCCAGAGACAUUGAAAGCACCGGACUCGGUAGCCUCAGUGACGCUUACCUUAGCAUGAUACCCGCGCUUAGCUUUGAAAAAAAGCUUCCCGGGGCUUCUAUCAUCAUCGACUUAGCAAGGGAGAAGGCCAGAAUUCACGAGAGGCUGCAGGACUGGCAGCAGGCAGCAGAGAUAUACUUGUGGCUGUUCCGUGUCGCCAGGACAUUCCCGCUCGAGAACGAAUUAUCCACUCUAGCAACAGUCAUAGUUGUGGACUUCUUGAGGCAAGUCAGUUUGGCCCUGGAUUUGGCCCUACAACAAAUACAGACACACAACGAUGAUCCACCUCACGGGUUCUGGAAGGUCAAAUAUUGGGAGCAAAGACUUCAGCUUGAGCUUCUCUCCAACCUCGAUGUGGGAGUUGAGCCGACUGUGGCCGCCCUUCUCCAAAUGUAUGAGAAUCAGAGGCGCCCGUGGAAGCUGAACCUCCUGAAGGACCCUGUAUCUUGCAAUGAAAGCGAGAGCGGUUGCAACGAAACUAGUGAUAGUGGGAGUGAGGACGGUUCCAGCAACAUCAGCAACAGCUGUCAGGAAAAGUUGAAUUACACAGACUUGCACGAAGCAGCCCGGACCCAAAGCGAAAAACGCCUUAUAAAAGCAAUGCGUCUUGCGAAAGAUAUCAACGCAAAAGAUGUUCUCGGUUGGACCCCUCUGCAUUACGGGGUACGUCGACACGAUAUCGUUACGACCUUGAUGAGAUCGCCUCGGAUAGAUAUCAACGCCCGAGACUUGGUUGAAUGGACACCAUUGCACUAUGCCUGCAAAACUCAAGAAAAGCCCGACGACAAGAUUGAUUAUGAGGCUGCAAGACUUCACGGCACUGUCGGGAGCAUGCCCUACAACACUAUAUUGAGGCUAUUAGAAGGAGGAGCAGACAUCAACGCGCAAGGCAGAGAUGGAGUCGCACCGAUACACUGUGCCGCAAUCACAGGUUUUGUGGAAGGAGUCAAGUUGUUGACAGAGGCGGGCGCAGACAUCAACGUCCUUGACGGCUCAGGGAAAACAGCCCUUCACUGGGCCGUAUUCCACGGGAGACAAGCCACGGUUGAAUAUCUGUGGAAAAUUGCGAACAGAACAUUGCGAGAUAGAAAAGGGAGAACGGCUUUGCACCUAGCCGUAAUUUCGGGAAACUGGGAGAUAGCAACAUGGCUUGUCAACAAUGAUGCUGACGUUAUGGCCAGGGACCGGCUCAUGAGGAUACCUUUGCAUCAAGCUGCUUGGGAUGGGAAACUCGAUCUCAUACAAUUGAUGUACAAGAAGAGUCCCGCUGCUGUUAACACGCCAGACGGAAAAGGUUGUACACCACUGCGUUGCGCGGUCCGCAAUGGGCAAGAAGUAGUCGUUCGAUGGCUCCUCGAACAGACUGAGGCCGAAAUAAACCCCACGUCAACGUGA